UUCAGAGGCCGCCCCCCAGCCACUCCAUCCUUUCCCGCCUCCGGGGGCUCCCUUCCCAUUUCCUUCCCCCCCACCGGUCCUCUCGGGCCUUCCCACCCCCGCCCGCAGUUACCUGGCCCCUCCCCCACUCGGCACUCACCUCCCCUUCCCCUGCUCCCACCUCUGACCUCCGGACCCCGAAUCCCCAGCCACCCCAAACCCGCUUUACCCGCCGGCUCCCACCCCCAGCUUUUUCUCCUGGGGGCAGACAGGCGGGAUGGGGGGCGCUGAGCCUCGGAGGCGGCGCGAGCGGGGACCAGGACGCCCAGACAAUAGUUGAUGCCCGGGGACAGGGGACACCUCCGUCCCCCCACUCCAGGAGCGCGGCCCCCGCCGGCUGCUCCCCAGCCUGCUUUCCGGGUCCCCCUCGGAGCCGGGCUCGGGAGUUGGGCAGAUUCCGCCCCCACCUCCCCCGGGCCCCCCUCCGCUCGGCGCCCGCCCCAGCCCGGCCUCGCCGCCCGCCGUUCUCCGCAGAGGAGGUGGCGAGUGAGCGCGCGCCGACCGUCCACCGGUUUCUCUUUCUCCCCAGGGAGAGCGCGCGGCGGACCCACCCCGGACGCGCGGUGGCACCGGGAGGCCGGGCCGAGCGGUAUGGCGGUAUUAGAGCAGAUGGAAGGCUGGAGUUUGAGCUUAAGUUGUGUGAAAACUUCAUCAGCCAAUUGGCUGACUCUUAAUGGUGAGACAGGAAGAACCACCCACGUUUUCCAUUUUGGAUUUGAGUCACAGAAAACAGGUUUCCUGCAGAAACCAUUUGGCUUCAACAAGUGUUCAGUUUUGAAUGUGAAUGGCAGUAAACCUAAUACCCAAGAUUUCUGUAUAAGAAGUAGAUCAGAAGGGCUACACUUUCAGGUUCUGAGAGAAUACCUCAAGUUGGACUCCAAAGCAAGAUUUACUACUAACUUCGAAGUGGAAGGAGGUCUUUACGUGAACACGUGCUUUCAUUUCUCUGGGGUAAAUACUUGGGAGCAGAAUGGCUGGAUUAUGUGGUUAUUUACUAUUAAUAUGGAUGCUAUUGUCUAAAUUUCUGCAGCCAUGGCACACGAAUAUAAGAAAGCAUGGGAUUGUGGCAAUCACAGAGUCCCAGUAAUACAAGUUCCGUUCAGUUUUUUCUGAAAGAAAGCUGUCUGUGAAAGCAAAGCAAAGGGAACCAUUGUGGAUUAUAAUGUUUUGAAGAUCUGGAUUUUCAGAGGUUUGGAAACAAGGCAUCGUUUCACCUUUUAAAUGAAAAAGAUUAAGAUCUCAUGCAACUGCUGUAUUCUCUGGAAACCGUUCUCCAAAAGGGAAGUGCACAUUUAAAACUUAGCUAUGAUGGUCCUUUGUGCAGGGAUUUGAGUCUGAUUGCU